AGCGUCUACGAGAGACUAAACGUCCGUGCUCGGAGCACGCCCGACACAAACGUGAACUUGGUCCUUAUUGUCGAAUGCGGUGCCGUUUGCUACAGGUCCCGUCGGCGCUCCCGAAGCUUGAACGUCGUCAGCGCCCUUGGUCCGUGACUUCAGCGCCCCCGUGAAGCCCUACACCAACCGCCGAAGGCUCCUUGGCCCUAACUUGUCACUCUAUCGAUGUUAAGGAAUCUGUCAGGCACUUAGACUAGUGGAGGAAAGGGGGACAACCAAGUAUUUUGUUGAUCAUUAUUCAAGUUUAAGAGAAAUGGUCCUCUUUAAGAUCAGAUUUAAGGAGUGAUCCUUCUAGCCAUCAAUAUUGUACACCGACAAGCACUGCCUCAACCCCUAUACUCAGAUCAACACGACACGUAGAAGAUCAAAUACGUACAGUACUUACCUAGUAUGCAAACAUCCCAAGUUCCCGAGGUGCGUCGCUCGUACUCGCUCUUGAUUGGUUGCUCAGAAUAUAUCAUGAAGAUUUCGGUACUUAUUACCGACAUUGUUCGAAACACGCGUCGGGAGUGCUUAUUCGAAACACCUGUCAUUGCACUGCCAACACCCCCGCCCAGAACAUUUGCCUCAUGCGAGCCAAUAGUUUGCCCUGAAACCCGGCAAGCACCCUACGGAAUGCCCUAACACCUCUCUGCCCUCCAUCAUCGGAUUCGGCGGUCCCGGAUACGCAUUGCGCUACAAAUACUACUGUGAUGGCGUCCGUGAAGCUGCAUCCCCAUUCUCUUCUUCUUUUUCUUCUUUCUUUCCUUGGUUUUUCCCUUUACAGUUGACGACUUCUACAUUUCUACAUCCUUUAAGAUGCGUUUCGCUUAUGCACUCGCGGCGCUGUCCGCAACACUCCCUGCUGCCUUGGCGGACAUCAUCAACGUCGAAGUUGGUGCAAACAGCAAGUUGCAAUUCUAUCCCGAGUUCGUUCAAGCCAAGAGGGGAGACAUUGUUCGCUUUUCGUUUAACCCCAAGGCACAUUCAGUGACUCAGUCAAGUUUCGACACUCCUUGCAUCAAAUCAUUACCAGGGUUCAACUCGGGCUUUGACACGGAUUUACAACCUGUUUCUCCAGACCAGGUCACCAACAACCAACGUCCUACGAAGGACUUCUUCGUUGCUGACGACUCGCAUCCUCUAUGGUUCUAUUGCAAGCAAGUCGGUCACUGUGGACAGGGUAUGGUGUUCGCCAUCAACCCGCCGUCUUCAGGAAACACCUUCGAUGCCUUCAAAGCGCGGGCAAUCCAGCAGAACGGUACUAGUGUCACCUCAAGCGCGGCCGCUCCUACACAGACAGUUACGCCAAAACUGUGUGCACCAAAGGACAAUUAUGGCGGCGCUCUAAUUCGCGAGGAUCCGCCUAAAGAUGGCUUUGUGACUUGCCAGUACCAGCAAGGCGGAACCUGCACAUACUUCGCUAAUGGUGGUUCUUUCUCCUCCGGGAGUAGCGUCUGCCCCAAAUCGGUCCCUGGACAGUCUGGUCAGUCCGGCAACGGACAGGUUAACAAUGGUCAGAAUAACGGUCUUCCUACGCCCAAACUCUGCGCCGCGAAGGACAACAGAGGAUCGCCUCUCACUGCCGAGUCUGGCGUCGACAACGGAUUAGUCACAUGCACAUAUCCGCAAGCUGGAUUCUGUACAUACGUUGCACAGGGUGGAUCGUUCUCCUCUGGCUCAAGCGUUUGUCCGAAGUCGAUCCCGGGUAGUGGUGGCGCCGGGGAUGGUCUGCCUACACCCAAGCUCUGCGCGGCGAAGGACAACAGAGGAUCGCCUCUCACUGCCGAGUCUGGCGUCGACAAUGGAUUAGUCACCUGCACGUACCCACAAGCCGGAUUCUGCACAUACUUUGCGCAGGGUGGAUCGUUCUCUUCUGGGUCAAGCGUCUGCCCUACUUCCAUUCCUGGUCAAUCUAAGGGCAACGUGAAUGCGGUCUCUGGUGCCCUCGGAGACAACGACGAUGACAGCAGCUCGCCGGACCUCAAUACUCUCCUCAGGAACAGCUACAUCAUUAUUGGCCUUCUGGCUGCAGUUCUCAUUGGACUCAUUGCGGUGUCGAUGAUUAUGUGCAUCGGUCGUCGGGGUCUGCGUGGCAAGGAGGCUAAGUACUCGAAAGUUACUGUGCCCAAAGCAUUUCAGGGCAUAGAUGAGGAGGCGUCAAUGACACACGGAAAGCGAUACAGCGACAUCUAAGGGCAUGACUUCAAGGUCAUUUCAUGAUUAUUACGAUUGUUAACGUAUUAACACUACUACAUUCGCCACGGACUUUUAUAUAAUCUAUGGGGGAUUUGGACAUUUUAUUUUGGUACCGGAAUAAUCAUGUCAACCAAGCAUGGGGGACUAAUUGUUUUUUGAAAUGCGUUGAACUUCCUCUGGUCACGGAGGUCAUCUUACCCUGAUAUAGGAUGUUCAAUC